UAAUUAUCUCAAUUCCAUCUAGACCAACCACUGCGCCAGAGAAUUCAUUCGCAGGCCCAUCCACCAUGGGCAUAUCAAGGGCAAACAUGGCCAUCAUCUCUGUCUGGUCCUUGAACCGCUAGGGAUGAACCUAGCGGAGCUCCUGCAACUCAUGCCCGGAGGAGGACGUACCAUGACCCUGGACGCCAUGAAACCCGUCAUCCGCAAACUUCUCCACACCCUGGACUUUCUCCAUUCGGAAGCCGGAAUUGUUCACACCGAUAUCCAACCGAAAAACCUCCUUCUGCCAGCCCCAUCCGCAGAUGCACUAUCCGCGUUUGAACAGCGUGAGCUCAGCUCCCCCGCACCAAGGAAAGUCGCCCGAGGCCGAACAAUCUACACCACAUCGCGUUUCCCAGCCGGAGACGGUCUCCCCCAGCUCAUUGGGCUUGGUCAAGCCCGAUCGAUGAGAAGAGAUUAUGACGAGCCUAUCGCCAUGCCCGACCACUACCGUGCGCCCGAAGUCCUGUUGAACUCGGAAUGGGGCAUGAAGCUGGAUAUCUGGAGCGUUGCCAUGACGGCCUGGGACAUGGUCAGUCCUCAACCUCUCAUCCAAGCUCCAACGAAAGAUGGAAUAUCCAACAACGUCGCCCACAUAGCAGAGCUGAUCGCCCUGCUUGGUCCGCCUCCACCAACUCUUCUCAAAUGGAAAGCGAGUCGGGAAUUCUGGGAUGAAAACGGCCGGUGGAGGAAUCUGGCCCCAAUCCCGGCCCGAAUUAUGGAGGAAUUGGCUGCUGGCAUCCAGGGAGAGAGAGAUGAUGUAGAGGGAUUCUUGAGAUGGUUGCGAUCGGCGUUGCGAUGGAUUCCACAAGACCGCCCAACCGCUCAAGGCCUUUUGAAUGAUCCGUGGUUAUUGAAGGGGGGCCGUGGGUACUGGGCGCGGGGAUGUCUGACGACUGUGAGACUGGAGAGGGAGAGGAGGAAAGAUGCAUGAAGCUAGGAUUGACCACACAGUGACUGUCAGGGCAAAUUCAACUCUCA